AUGGGAGAAAACGACGACAGCGAGAUCAUCGAGCACCAUGUCGAGGAGGAGAUGGAGAAGAAAGGCACGAGGAGCCACGCACCUUCCUCCUCCUCGUUCCUAGAGAGCGUCACUCCGUCCGACAGAGAGGGCCACAGCGGCACCCAGUCCUCCCACAGACUGCUGGCCUACAGCGAUGCCCUCAUCUCCAUCAUCGCCACCGUCAUGAUAUUACCUGUUGCCCAUACAAAGUUGGAAGAUAAUGAGAAGUUGAGUGAGAGCGUUCAGGCUCUGCUGACAACAAAAAUUGCUGUUUACUUAAUGACAUUCCUGAUUGUGACUGUUGCAUGGGCUGCUCAUAUCAGGCUAUUUCAAGUGAUUGUACGCAUCGAUGAUUGCCUUGCACUGCUGAACCUCGCUUGCAUGAUGCUGAUAACCUUUCUACCGUAUACGUUCUCCCUGAUGGCGACAUUCCCUGAGCACAUCCUCGGGAUUUUACUCUUCUGUGGUUUGGUGAUGGUGAUGGGCGUCAUUCAGUCUGUGAUUGUGUUGUACGCCUUCAGCCGUCCCUUCCUGCUGAACGAACAGAUCCAGAUCUCAGAGAAUCAGGCCUUCUACAAACACCACAUCCUCAAAGUCAUCAUGCGGGUUCCCCUCAUGUGUUUCUUUGCCAGCAUCUUCUCUUUCAUCUUCUUCCAGCUGUCUUAUGUGCUGUUGGCCAUUGUGAUUUUCUUGCCGUACAUCUCCCAGUGUUUGAAGUGGUGUCGCAACAAAGCGAUUGGUCAGGUGGAGGAGACUCCAGACUCCAUGUUGUUUUACACCUACUUGCCCAACGAGCCCCUCAGCAAGGACCGGGUGGAGGCUUUCAGUGAUGGAGUUUAUGCCAUCGUAGCAACGCUUCUUAUCCUGGACAUAUGCGAGGACAACGUUCCAGACCCGUUAGUCGUGCAGAAGAAGUUUGCUGGCAGCCUGAUAGCAGCUCUGCAAGAAUAUGGCCCAGAAUACCUCGCCUACUUUGGUUCCUUCGCCACCGUUGGCCUUCUUUGGUUUGUGCACCACUCGCUCUUUCUCCAUGUCACGAAGGCAACGCGCUUCAUGGGUCUGCUGAACACCUUCUCACUGGCGUUUGUCGGGGGUUUGCCUCUAGCCUACCAGCUAACACAUGAAUUCCCGGAGAACUCUCGCAACGAACUGGAAGCCAUUCAGAUUAGCUGCGUGAUCAUUUUCUUCGCAGGUAUAUUUCAGCUGGCUAUUUGGGUAGUCGCUCUUUACAAUGAACAAGAAACUCUGCACCCUUAUGUACGUUAUGGCGGGCGUGAGCACGUGUUUAUGCUGGCUAAGCUAGCUCUGUACCCCUGCGUAGCUCUGGGGACGUUUUUCCUCACAUGUAUUUUGAGUAAAUUUAGCGCCCCAAUUUUCCACCUGAUGGAGAUUACGGUACCUUUUGCUUUUCUUGUGUUGAGGCUGUUAGUGCGGGUCGGGCUAGCGUUGCUAAGGCUCAUUUUCUGUCCCGAUAGGCCCGACCCAAGGUCUGUUGUAGAAGAGGAAGAUGAGACAAGAGUACCAUUCAAUGCUUUAGUUACCUAGCUAACGCGAAGAGGCCACAUAAAAUGAAGCUAACUGACAGAGAAAGUGAGGCAUUAUUGCUAAAAUGCUUGGUCUCUAAAAGAGUUACUGACAGGGUUUGACUUGGUAACUGCACUGAGAAGACAAUUGCUUUCUUUUCAACAUUUUGAAGGCAAAGUAUGGAAGUGGUAGAGAUUUAGAAAAGUCACUAGACCAAAGUAGUGAAUGGUACAGACAGCCAAAGCCUAUCCAGUGAUUGAUUUCUUUUUUUUCAUGAUAACUUGAAAAAUAAACUCAUGCUAGUUUUGAUUGGUGAAUAACCAUCAAUCAUCUUCGGUCAGCCAGAAAAGGAUUUCUCACUUUGUUUUAUUGCUCACGUGACCCAAAAUAGCAAAAAGUGUAACAUAGUGGCUAAUUUUGUUUUUUAGGGAUGUCUUGAAAUCGUUUGAGCUAGCUGAUUUCUUAGCCAAGUAUCCACCACACCCUGAAAAGGUUCAGCUGAACAGACAGAGCAGGAUUUCAUAAUUAUAGUUUCUGUGCCAAGUUCAGUAAGAUGAACAGUCCAUCUAACUGCUUUAAUUAUUCUGCCUCAAUUUUAAUUAGUUUUUACUCUGAUUUUUUUAAGCAAACAAUUGAGACAGCUGUAGAAAUUCAUGCAUGAGAGCUGGUGGCUGAAGUAUUCCUAAAUAAUACUGUGUACAAAGAGGAGGUUUGGUUUUCUUAGAGUUGUCCCCCAAAAUAAAUGUUGGAGUUGACCUGUCAGUGAACAGGCAUGGGUUUAAGUCUGUAGUUUUCUGCACUUUAAACAUUUUACUGAACGGGUAUGGCCAUACAAUUUCAAAUUGCACUCUUUUGAAAUAUUUAGAAUGAGAUAUUUGUGUGUAAUGCCCACUGGAAUGUAAUAUCACUUUUUCAAAUAUGUCCCAAUGCUGUUAUCUUUUCGUAUGAAGGCAGUGCACUUACAAGCGGUAUGUUUUAAAGUAGAAAAAGACCUGAUUGUGCAUAGCUGUUUGAUGUUUUUAGUUUCAGUGACAAUGAUUUUAGGUUUUCUAAAAAAGUAUGUUAAAAAAAAAGUAAUGUCAACCCAAUGUUAUUAUAUUAACAUUAGAACAAACCAACUUAUUUAAACAAGGAAACUGUUGUUCUGUUUUUAUGACAAGGUUUGUCAGGUGUAGUACAUUUGUCCAGAAGGGGUCGCUGUUGUUUCUGUUAAAUAGUCCUGAGGUACUGAAGCCAUUUUGGUCAAUGUAAUGAUGAUGUGCUCUGCUAUGAUGUACUGUGUGUGUGUGUGUGUGUGUGUGUGUGUGUGUGUGUGUGUGAGAUACGGACUCAAAGGGAACUCAAAUCUAAGACUUUAAUGAGCUUGUGAAAAGCUUGUGAUUGGUUGGACAUUUUUCAUUUCAUAUUUGUUUUGUUUAUCUUGUUAGGUGACUUGCGCAGUAGCAUCCAGAUCUAAGUAUCUGAAAUCAUGGAGACAUUUAACUUAAUACUUUUAAGUCUCAACACUCAAAUCUGCCAGUUUUUUCUUUUCUUUUCUGUUUUUCUUGUUGUCGUUCUUCCAAUACGGUGGCUGCUUAUUUGUGAGACCAGAGGAGUACCUCUCCAAAUAUUCCCAUUGACAGAUCUCAAUGCUUAGGUGUGGUCUGUUUGUAAUAGCUACAUACGUGUAAACACUACAUUUGCUUUUUAACACUGUGCAAAAGGUUUUUUUUAAGUAUGAAGCUUUGUUUUGUGAAUAAAUCUGAAGUUGCUCCUUUAAUGUGAAAGUCAAUUCUCUGUCUUGUCAUUACCAAAGGCACAUUGAACACAAUCAACCCGACAUUUUAAAGAAAAAAAACCCAAAAAACCUUUAUUCACCUUCAUAUAGUAAACGGCUCCACAAUAUCCCUAACAAGAUAUCAAUAUGUGGUUUAUACAUUACUUUGUAUUGCCCCUAUAUUAACAGCAUUCUUCCUCUGUAUAAUUUUCAAAUCUUAUCCACUCCAAAAGCUAUAGAUUUCCAUUAAAAAAACAUUUCUGCUCAAAUCACACAAAAUAUACACAAACUGAUAAAUUAAAAAGACAAGCAACCAAACAUCUGCAGUGCAUCAUUACCUGACAUUUGGGCUACUCAAACUAGCUAUUUCCUUCCUACUGUGAUGUGUUUCACCUUCAUAACUUAUAUAUAUAUAUAUAUUAAAUAAAUUAGUCCACACAACAGUGCAGUUCAAGUUUGAACUACAACUGUGAAACUGUGGAGUCUGAGUGUUCCAGCGGAAUAAUACACUUUGAUGACACUAAUUGUAACGCUUGUAAAAUUGGACACUGUACAAAAGGAGUUCUACUUGAGUGAUGGUGCUGAUAAAAACUAUUUUUCUACCAAUUAAUAGUUCAACCUGCUUUUUGUCCUGUGAGACAAUAAUAUUUUAAAUGGUUUUGUAGAAUACUUUUUACUUUCAUUACUCUCUUUGCAUGUGUAUCUUCUAACAAAAGCUGACACAGUCAACUGAUAGAAAAUUCAUCAGGAACCAUUUUAACAAUCAAAUAAUUCUUUGAGUCUUUGUGCUUUUCACAAUUUUUUCAGAUAUUCUCCUUUUUUGAAUCAUUCCAGUGGCACACACCAGACUCCAUGUAAAACAGCUUUUAAUAAGAGAAUCUAAAUAUGAAUCUUAAUAAGACCAUCUGCUGUCUGUGUUGAUUUUGGUCAGAUUGCUUUAGUCUGAACACUGCCCAGAUGUCAACAUGCUUUGCUUCAUUGUGUUCAGUACAUAAGUUGGACAGUGAAAGUUGAAUACAGAGAAGCCUGUAAAGCAGUAGUGUUGAUUGACCAGAGAGAGGGUUUAUACAGUACGAUACAGCUGGUCCCAAAAGUCCACCCAGCACCCCCAUCCCCAUCCCCUUCAAAUGGGGAAAACGCACUAAAAUGCACUUUUAUGAAGAAAACAGAACAUGCUGGACAGGUCAAUUUGUCGCCCAACAACUGAAAAAAGUGAACAGAAAACAGUGACACACAUUGCACAGGCCACAGAUGUAAAUGUUAGCCCUCCAGUCUGCAGCCCAGUUCCAAACUCUCUCCUGAUUUUCUACAUUUUCCAGAAGAGACAAUGUCGGAAUAAAAAGGAGACGUUUGUUUGGACCUGGGCCCUGAAGCUUUUCCAAUAACAGAAAGAAAUCAGUGUUAAUUGGACAGUGCUUUGGUAAACAUUCCUCUCUGAAAACAUCUGGAUUCAAUCAGAGAAUCUCAUCGGCUGCAACCGUAGCCUGAUAACAUGCUUAUGCUUUGUCUCAUUUAUCACACUGGUGAACGUGUGAUUAGUAAGUAAAUGCCACAGAUUUCCUGCAGUAUUGAAUUAUCCAACCCUUCGUCUAAGGAGUCUAACUGCAACUUGCAUAAGAUGAAAUAUUGCUAAUAAAACCACUGCCCAGAGUAUCAGAUUUUUAUAUACCUAAAGAUAUGUGUUAAUACAGUACUGUAUAUACACACACAUACCGUACAGUAUAUAAGCUCCAAAUGUACUCAAAUCAAUUGUUAUCACUGGUAACAUUCUAUAUUGCAAACUACAUUCAAAACGUAAUAAUUUAACAGUGAA